AUGACCGCCCAUUCGUCAUCUGAUUUAAAUUCUACCACGAAUAAUAAUUCUCAGAAUGAGAAAGAGGAGUUCAAUGGACAACAUUUAAUUACAUAUACAAGCUCUUCAGAUGAACGACAACGACAUGAUGAAGACUAUCACCUUUCUACAGAUUCUGCUUCUAUUCUAAAAGAAACUAGCUCUUUAGAGUCCCACGGUUCUGAUUUCACAGUGCUCUCUACCGGUGAAUACAAAAUUAAUAGAAAUAUUCCAAGAACUUAUUUAAAUAAAGAUGAUGUGGAAAAAGUUACACAAUCUGAUAUUUUCCCACAAAAAAGAUUGUUUAGUUUCUUACAUAGUAAGAAAAUUCCUGAAGUACCCAUGAAUGAUGAUGAAAGAAAAAUUUAUCCUUUAUUUCAUACAAAUUUAUUAUCAAAUUUCUUUCUGUGGUGGGUUGUACCAAUCAUUAAGAUAGGUUAUAAAAGAACAGUUCAACCAAAUGAUUUAUUUAAAAUGGAUCAAAGAAUGGCUAUAGAAACAAUCUAUAAAGAUUUUGAAAAAAAUUUAAAUUGGUAUUUUGUAAAAGCAAGAAAAAAAUAUGCUGCUUUGCAUCCAGAGGCAAAUGAACAAGAAGUUAGAGAUAAGACAAGAUUACCAAAAUUAACAAUGCUAAGAGUUUUGUUUUUCACUUUUAAAAAGCAAUUCUUAUUCUCAUGCUUGAUGGCUAUUUUGGCAAAUUGUACAUCUGGUUUUAAUCCAAUGAUCACAAAGAGAUUAAUUGCUUUUGUAGAGAAGAAAGCUAUGUUCCAUGAUACAAAAGUUAAUGCAGGUAUUGGUUAUGCUAUUGGUGCAUGUGUAAUGAUGUUCUUUAAUGGUGUUCUCUUCAAUCAUUUUUUCCAUUCAUCACAACUGACUGGUUCACAAGCUAAAUCUUUACUGACAAAAGCUGCUCUAGAUAAAAUGUUUAGAGUCUCCAAUUAUUCAAAACAUAAAUUUCCAAAUGGUAAAGUCACAUCAUUUAUUACCACUGAUUUAGCAAGAGUAGAAUUUGCAUUGUCAUUUCAACCAUUUCUGGUUGGGUUCCCUGCUAUAUUUGCCAUUGCCAUUGUUCUUUUAAUUGUUAACUUGGGAGCUAUUGCUUUAGUAGGUAUUGGUUUAUUCAUUGUUAUCUUAAUGGUCACUAUGAUUGUCUUCAAAUCUAUUAUUAAAUAUAGAGUCACAGCUAACAAAUUUACAGAUGCAAGAGUUGGAAAAAUGAGAGAAAUCUUAAAUAAUAUGAAAAUGGUGAAAUAUUACGCUUGGGAAGACGCUUAUGAGGCUAAUGUUCAAGAUAUAAGGUCUUCAGAGAUUCAAAAUGUUAGAAAAAUGCAAUAUACAAGAAAUUUCAUGAUUGCUUUGGCCAUGUCAUUACCAAACAUUGCAUCACUGGUCACAUUCUUAGCCAUGUAUAAAGUUAACAACAUGGGGAGAACACCAAGUAACGUUUUCUCCUCUUUAUCAUUAUUCCAAGUGUUAAGUAUUCAAAUGUUUUUCUUCCCUAUUGCUUUAAGUACUGGUAUUGAUAUGAUUAUCGGGUUAGGUCGUUUACAAGAAUUGCUAGAAACUGCAGAAGAAGAUCCAAUGUCAAGAGAAGAAUUGAAACCAUCUGCUGACUUAGAUCCAAGUAUUGCCAUCAAAGUAGAAAAUGCAUCCUUUGAAUGGGAAGAUUACGAACUGCUGGAUGCAGAAGAAAAGCAAAGGAUCGAAUCAGAGGAGACAGAAAAACAAAGAAAAAAGAGAUUGAAAGAGGAAGCUAAAAACAAUAAAGAUAAAAACCCAACGGGACCAAAUUCUAAGGAGAUAUCCAAAGUUGAUCAUGCUAAUGACGAUUCUGAUAAAACCAAGACUUUUACAAAAUUUACUGAUUUGAAUUUCGAAAUUAAGAAAGGUGAAUUUGUUAUGAUUACAGGUCCAAUUGGUACAGGUAAGACCUCCCUACUUAAUGCUUUGGCUGGUUCGAUGAAAAAGACUGGUGGUAGAAUUCAAAUUAAUGGUCACCUGUUAAUGGGUGGUUACCCUUGGAUUCAAAAUGCUACCGUCAAGAAUAAUAUUAUAUUUGGUUCUCCAUUCCAUAAGGAAAGAUACGAAAGAGUUCUAAAGGUAUGUUCCCUGGAAGAUGAUUUAAAGAUUCUACCUGCUGGUGAUGAGACUGAAAUUGGUGAACGUGGUAUUAAUUUAUCUGGUGGCCAAAAGGCUCGUAUCAAUCUAGCAAGAUCUGUUUAUAGAAACGAAGAUAUCUUUUUGUUUGAUGAUGUUCUAAGUGCUGUCGACGCUCGUGUUGGAAAACUAAUCAUGGAUGAAUGUCUUUGUGGUUUACUACAUAACAAGACUAGAGUCUUGGCAACUCAUCAAUUGUCAUUAAUUGAAAAAGCCGACAAGAUUAUUGUUCUAGGUACUGAUGGUUCAUUUGAAAUAGGUCCAGUUUCUGAGAUGAAGGUAAAAAAUGAAACUUUAAUUAACUUACUACAGUUUGCAACAGAAUCGAAAAAAGAGGAAGAGAAUGACGAAGAACAAGAGAUAGAGGAUGAAAAUAAAGAAGCCGAAGAAAAGAAUAGGCUUCAAAAAGAAGUUACCAAUAAAGCAAACGACGAUGGUCAUUUGACCUCAAAGGAAGAAAGAGCUGUUAAUAGUAUUAAAUUAGGAAUCUACCAGGAAUAUCUGAAAGCUGGUGUCGGUAAAUGGGGAUAUGUUGCAAUUCCAUUAUACAUUCUUUUAAUUACAGCAACAACGUUUUGCACAUUAUUCUCAUCAGUUUGGCUAUCAUUUUGGACUGAAAAUAAAUUUAAGGAUAGAUCAACCAGUUUUUACAUGGGUCUCUACUCAUUUUUCGUCUUUGGUAGUUAUAUAUUCAUGUCCAUGCAGUUUACACUUGUCUGUCAUAUCGGUGUUUUGGCUUCGAAAUGGUUAAAUUUAAGAGCUGUUCAUAGAAUUCUUCAUGCACCAAUGAGUUACUUAGAUACUACUCCUCUUGGUCGUAUUUUGAAUCGUUUCACGAAGGAUACUGAUAGUUUAGAUAACGAACUAACUGAAAGCGUGCGUCUACUGUUAUAUCAAACUGGUAACAUCAUUGGUGUUUGUGUUAUGUGUAUUGUCUAUCUUCCAUGGUUUGCAAUUGCCAUUCCAUUUUUAUUACUGAUCUUUGUCUUUAUUGCUGACCAUUAUCAAAGCUCAGGUAGAGAAAUCAAAAGACUAGAAGCUAUCCAACGGUCAUUCGUGUAUAAUAACUUAAACGAAGUUCUAGGUGGUAUGGAAACAAUUAAAUACUAUAGAUCAGAGGAAAGAUUCUUAGCUAAAUCAGACUUCCUUAUUAACAAAAUGAACGAAGCCGGUUAUCUGAGUAUCGCUGUCCAAAGAUGGGUCGCCAUUUUCUUAGAUAUCAUAGCUGUGGCAUUUGCAUUAAUUAUUACUCUUCUUUGUGUCACUAGGGCAUUCCCAAUUGGUGCUGCUUCUGUAGGUGUUUUAUUGACUUAUGUUUUACAAUUACCAGGUUUAUUGAAUACUGUACUAAGAGCUUUAACACAAACUGAAAACGAUAUGAACAGUGCCGAAAGAAUGGUUACGUAUGCUACACAAUUACCAAUGGAAGCAGCUUACAAAAAACCAGAGGUCUCCCCACCUGAGUCAUGGCCAAGUAAAGGUGAAAUCCAAUUCGAGGAUGUCGAUUUUGCAUACAGACCAGGUUUACCUAUUGUUCUAAAGAACGUGAAUAUGUCAAUAUCCAGUGGUGAAAAGAUCGGUAUCUGUGGCCGUACCGGUGCAGGUAAAUCUACAAUCAUGAGUGCUUUAUACAGGCUAAAUGAACUCGACGGUGGUAAAAUUCUUAUUGAUGGUACUGACAUCUCUAAAAUCGGGUUAUAUGAUUUGCGUAGGAAACUUGCGAUCAUUCCUCAGGACCCUGUCUUGUUCAAAGGUACUAUUAGAAAGAAUUUAGAUCCAUUCAACGAACACUCCGAAGAACUACUAUGGAAUGCACUUGUUAGAGGUGGCGCUAUUGAAAAACAAGAACUUGAAAAAGUCAAGAAUGAAAAAGAAAAUGCCAAAGGUACACAUAUUGACAUGCAUAAAUUUCACCUGGAUCAAAUUGUUGAAGAAGAAGGUGCUAAUUUCUCCUUAGGUGAAAGACAAAUUCUGGCAUUAACCAGAGCCCUUGUACGCCAGGCUAAGAUUUUAAUUUUGGAUGAAGCAACCUCGUCGGUUGAUUAUGAAACAGAUGGUAAGAUUCAAGCUCGUAUUAUAGACGCAUUUGGUGACUGUACGAUUUUAUGUAUUGCCCACAGACUGAAGACAAUUUUAUCAUAUGAUAGAAUUUUGGUCCUCGAAAAAGGUGAAAUUGCUGAAUUCGACACACCAUGGAAACUAUUCAAGAAUGAAGAAACAAUUUUCAGAAGUAUGUGUAGUAGAUCAGGUAUUACUGAAUCAGAUUUCUCUCGGAGAUAA